UUCUUCUCUCUGUCUCCUCUAGGUGUUUAUGAGGAAGACAGCCAAUGGAUGAUCCAGGUCAACAGACUGCAGAAGCUUAUUGACCGCCUGGAGCAAAAGGAGAUCCGCCUGGAGCCUGUUGAGGAGGAGGUCUUGGAGAGCAAAUCGCACAUCCUGAUAGUCCAGAGGCAGCUCUCGGUGCUGGAGGAGGAGCUGGAGGAGUUUCGUUUGGCUCUCAAACAGUACACGGAGUGUGCCUGCACCCAGACCGGAUGUCUACACAUCACAGUCCAGCGGUUGGCAAAUGAAUCACGCUUCAUUCUCUAUGAAUUCUGGGAGCACAACAACGUGUGGAAGAAUCACCUGCAGACCAACUACAGUAAAACCUUUCAGAGGGGGAAUGUGGACUUCCUGGAAACUCCUGAGACCAUAACCACCAUGCUGGUUCCCGGUGACCUUUCGUUGGGCUAUAAUCGAUCACAAAUGCAUGCUGUGAAGACAAACAAUGCAUACACCCACAGAGCUUAUUUUUAAAUUCAAGACAGGAUGCCAGAGUUUUCAAAGGUACCAAAAUGUCAUGCUCGGAGAUCUUUGUUGUUGUUGUUGAUUUGGAUAAAUAUUGAGCUUGAAGGUUCA